AUGUCUGAGGGCAAGAAGGGCCCCGCCGGCCCUGCCAGCCCUCGGCUGGUCAAGGUGACGGUCAAGACCCUCAAGCGCAAAGAGCCCUUUGAGGUGUCCGAGGGGACGCUAGUCCGCGAGUUCAAGGCCCUGAUCGCCGAGCGGUUCAAGACGCCGGCCGAGCAGCUCUCCCUCAUCUUUGCGGGUGAGAUCCUGAGGGACCAGGACACGCUGGCCCAGCACCGGAUCGGGGACGGCGCCAAGGUUCACCUCUUCAUCAAGGCCCAACGGAAGCCCCCGCCACCAAUCACCCCAGUGCCUGGCCCCUUCCUCCCGGCACUCUUCCUCUCCCAGGACAGCGACCCCAACGACAUGCUGGACCUCUUGGAGUGGUCCCAGCGGCCAGAGGAGCUGAUGGCCUCCUGCCAGGACCUGGUCACCCGCACCAUGGAGGAGCUGCUGCUCCAGAUCUUGGGACUCGAGGACCUGGAGGUCCUGAGCACCAACCCAUUGGUCCUGGGCUUCCUCUUGGGGGUCACCGGCAUGAACAUCCUGGGCUUGGAUGCAGCCGAGGUCUCCGAGCUGGUGGAGGAGGCUGCGGCGCAGGAGCAGGAAGCCAGCCGGCAGGAGCUCCUCUCCGAGGUGAUGCAGCACCCCUUCAUCCAGAACCUCUUUGGCGACGCGGAUCGCGUUCGGCAGAUGAUACUCUCCGUCCCGCAGGUCCGGCAGCUGGCCGAGCAGAACCCGGAGAUCGGGCACAUCCUCAACGACGCCGACUUCCUGCGGGAGAUGAUCGACGUGGCCACCAGCCCCGCCGUGAUGGACGAGAUCAUCCGCAACCAUGACCGGGCCCUCAGCAACCUGGAGAGCAUCCCCGGCGGGUACAGCGCCCUACAGCAGCUCUACAAUGACAUCGAGGCCCCCAUGCUCAACGCCCUCCAGGGUAACGGCAAUGGCAACGGCAACAAUAGCGGGGCUCUGGAAAGCAAGCCCAGCCCCGAGGGGGGCGGGCCCCUGCCCCGGACGGAGAACCGGGAGCCCCUGCCCAACCCUUGGGCCCUGCAGUCCAACAGCAGCGGGGACCACGGCUUCAACGGCGACGGGGCGGACACCCUCUGGUCGCCCGGCUGCGUCCACAUCGCCCUCAGCUCCCGAGUGGGGGUGAACCUGACCAAGUCGGAGAACAUCCAGAACAUGGUGCAGCAGCUGACCGACAACCCAGCCUUCAUGCAGAGCAUGGUCAACGCGCUCUCCCAGCCGGACGGGCCCACUCAGGCCUUCCUGGCCGACGGCAAGGGCAGCCCGCCUCCCCCGCAGGGCUGGGCCCAACUCCUGCCCCCCAAAUUGGCCCAGACCGAAUGCGGGGCGCUGCUGAGCAACCCCCGGGCGAUCCAGGCGCUGCUGCAGCUGCAGAUGAGCCUGCUGGCCCUGCGGAGGGAAGCGCCGGACUUCAUCCUGGCCUUGGUGGACCCGGACGCGGACCCCGAGAGCAUGGAGGACUCGGACUGCGGGGAGGAGAGCCCCUCCUCGGACGUCGCCAGCCUGCUCUCGGCCGCCGAAAGCCUGGAGGUGGAAAGCGAGGGGUCCAAAGAAGGCAGAGGACGAGGGAGGAAGCGAGGACGGCAGGAGGAGGAGGAGGACGACGAAGACGACAACGACAACGAGGAAGACGCGAUGGAGCAGCAGAGCCCCCUGGCCCCCCUCUACCAAGCCCAGCUGGAGCAGCUGCGGGCGAUGGGCUUCCUCGACAAGGAGCAGAACCUGCGCGCACUCCUGGACUCCGGGGGGGACCUGGCGGCCGCCGUGGAGAAGCUGACCAACUCCCGGGGGCCCUAG